CCGCCUGUUCCCGCCUUCUAAGCGGGAGGACCAAUCAACAUCGAGAGCUAACCCCGACCUUCCCAGGGUCCCUGCCGCGGAGUGUGUGGAGCUGCUGGUUGGCUCUGCUCUGGCGGCGCGGGGGUUUCCGGGGCCUGGGACCCGGUUCCGACCUGGCUUCCCGGGAUGUCGGUGGCCUUCGUACCGGACUGGCUGCGAGGCAAGGCGCAAGUCAAUCAGGAGACCAUCCAGCGGCUCCUGGAGGAGAAUGACCAGCUGAUCCGCUGUAUCGUGGAGUAUCAGAACAAAGGCCGGGCGAACGAGUGCGUCCAGUACCAGCAUGUGCUACACAGAAAUCUCAUUUAUUUGGCUACCAUUGCAGAUGCCAACCCAACCAGUCCUUCAAAAGUGAUGGAAUGAUCUUCCGGGUGGCUGUCGUGAGGAGUAAUCGAAAGUAAUACAUUUCCUAUGAAACAGGCAGGAUCUUUACCAACUCCAUUGCUGAAAACAUGAAGGAAAAUCUCCGUGUCUCUUUUAAGUGUGAAAAUGUGAAGAACUAAAAUAACUGUAUUUCCAUGUAAAUAUUUAUUUUAAUAAUUAAGCAGAGUCCCUCAA